AUGGCGAGCGUCUUUUCGCUGGUUUGGACCGCGGCUUCGAAAUAUGCCACAGAUUUGACGAGUUUCGCUGAUUUGAAGACUUUUGAAGCUGACCUGGGGGGAACUACGAUGUCGGCUGGCUUGCUGAAUGCUCAUGGUGUCCUCCUGAAAGUUUUGUCACAGGAAGUAGGCGAGGACCAUAGCCCUCAAUGCAUCGUCAAGCGCAUUCGAGCCCUCUUGGAGGCAUUGCUUUGCAACGGCGUGGAGAAGACCCAUCGGCUGGAGGAGAUUGAAGCCUUGGGGGUUUGUACGCCAGGGCUUAUGGACACGGUGGCUGGAGUCGUUCGAGCAGCUGCAAAUCUUCGUGGUUGGAGGGAGGUCCCGCUCGUUCGACUUCUGGCCGAGGAGCUGGGCUGGGAGCCUUCCAGGGUCUCCUUGGAGAACGAUACAAAUGCGGCCUUGCUGGCGGAGGCUUGGACAGGAGCUGCGGCUGGCAUGAAGCAUAUAGUCUUGGUCACAGUUGGAACUGGUGUUGGUGGCGCGAUCAUGUGUGAUGGGCGACUCCUUCGGGGGAGCAAAGGCCAAGCGGGUGAAAUAGGAACGGCAUUCUCGAAGGAUAUGCAUCUGCUAGUGCACUUGUACCAGUCUCAGUUGCGUCUUCACAUGUCUUCACUUCCUGCUUCCGCGCUUCUGCUUUGUGCCUACAGACAAGGGGCAGACCAGGGCUAUGCGGAAAGACAUGGAAAGACCUGGCAUAUGAUGCAGAUAACAGAUCGACUGGCAAUUAGAGCCAAAGAAGCUCUAUCAGCUGACUCGUCCCUGAGCGAAUUGAAGGCUCUGGAUUGCGAGGAUGUCUUUAAGCACGCAGAAGCUGGAGACAAAUAUGCAUCUGAUCUGGUCCAAGAGACAGCCAGGUAUUUGGCAAUUGGGUGCAUCAACUGCUGCCGUUUUGUGGAUCCGGAGCUGAUCUUGUUUUCUGGUGGAAUGGCCGAGGCCAUGAGCAAAGCUGCUGGCAAGGGUUCAGUACCACCUCCGCCACCUUCAGGCAUGAUCACCAUGGAAGCAGAGUCCAUUCCUAGCAAAAGCUUGCAAAGAAAGGGUUUGUUGCUGUCUUCUGAUUUCUGCAACACCUUCAGCUUGGAGGCUAUGGAAAGUCUGCAGGCAAAGCAUCCGGGAAAGCCGCUGGCAAAGGAUCCCAAGACAAAUCGAAACACUUGUUGUCUUCAGAGCCUCGCACAAUGCCGGACAUUGCCCGAUAGCAUUUUAGGUGCUUUCAUCAAACUGGUGGUACGACGUUUGACUGGUGAAGAGAUCUCCGUGCAAACAGAGCUUGAUGUGCUGAUUCAAAACGUCAGAGCCUCCGUGGGAGCCAAACUAGGCGUGAGUGCUCACCGAAUCAAGCUCCUGAACGAGGGACAGGUUUUGAACAAAAGCACCACGGUGAGGGAGUCUGGCUUGGAAGAUGGUGCUGUCCUCACAACCAUUGUGCUCCCGCCCGUCUAUGGUGCUUUGGGCCAUGCUGGAAUUUCGGCGCCGGAUGAGGUUAUCUCAGCAAAGAUGGAGCUACAUGAAGCUCUGUCUGAAGCCGGGAAAUUAAAGCCAGUACACACCACCAAAGCUUGA